AUGACCCUGGAGGAAACACUCAACGAAGGCCGAGCCCUGGAAACAAUCGAGAAGGUGCGGCAGGAACUGCACCGCGCGGCAGUGGUCAACAAGGUCAGUGCGUCCAAGCAAGAGUGUUUCCGCUGCGGAAAUGAAGGCCACUUUGCGAGCAGCGAGCUGUGCCCGGCGAAAAACACGAAGUGCAGGAAGUGCGGAUUGGUGGGGCACUUCUGGCGCUGUUGCAACACCAAGGCGAAGCACGGAAAGCAGCAAAAGGUGCAGCAGGUGGCCCAAGAGCCGCCGGAACCGGAAGAAGAAGCGGAUGACGUAUACGACUCGGACGACACUGUUAGUAACGUGGAUCAACAAGAAGUCCGAUACGUCUUUGCUGCAAGUACGGAGGAUGCUGCGGGAGAAAAAGUUGUUUGCUGUAUCGGAGGAGUGAAGAUCAAGUGGGUCGUAGAUUCUGGAGCUGGAGUGAACGUGAUGGACAACGCAACCUGGACCUACCUCAAGCAACGGAACGUCAAGGUGAUCUCGCAAACGAAGGAGCCGCGAACAACGCUCAAGGCCUACGGCAACAACAGCCUCAAGGUUUUGGGACAAUUUCGAGCCAGCAUUGCUACGAAGACCCACGAGACGAUCGCUGACGUGUUCGUGGUGGAAGAAGAUGGUGCGAGCCUGCUAAGCAAGACUACGGCGACGGAGUUGCAGAUUUUGAAGAUCAACACGGACAUGUGGAGUGUUAGCCCAGCGGAGAACGCAAUCGGCAAGAUCACGGGAAUCGAAGUUCACCUGCAGAUCGAUCCACUGGUGAAACCGGUCCAGAUCACCAAGUGCCACAUCCCAAUUCCGCUGCAGGAAAAAGUGGAACGAGAAAUCGAUCUUUUGCUGGCACAGGACAUCAUCGAGGUGGCGCCGAUUGAUUCACCGUGGAUUUCCCGUUUGGUAGUUAGCCCGAAAGCCGGUGAUCCGUCUGCCGUUCGACUGUGCGUUGACAUGCGUGCCGCCAACAAGGCCAUUGUUCCACAGCAUUUCCCGCUGCCAACGUUCGAGGACAUUGUUCCACAUCUUCGAGACUACAAGUGGUUUUCGAAGAUCGACUUGAUCAAAGCGUUCCACCAGGCGGUUCUGGCACCAGAUUCACGGUACAUCACCACGUUUGCCACCCACCACGGCUACUACCGGUACAAACGGCUGCUAUUCGGCAUGAACAUCGCGUCGGAGGUGUUCCAGAGCAUCAUGGAGCGCGUACUGAAGGGGAUUUCCGGAGUGAAAGUCUUUAUCGACGACAUUCUGGUGUUUGGAUCAACGAAGCAACAACACGACGCUGCCCUCAAGGCAGUGAUGCACCGCUUGACGAGCCAUGGAAUCACCGUGAAUCCAAAAAAGUGUUUCCUCGGAAAAUCUGAGGUGACGUUCAUGGGCCAUGUGCUGUCCGCUGACGGAGUUUGA